AUGGGCAGAGAAAUUGUGAGGCAGGAAUCAACGUUGGAGCCUGGAAGACGCAGUAGAUUAUGGUUUAGUGAUGACAUUUUUCAUGUUUUGGAAGAAAACAAGGGAACUGAUACAAUUGAAGUCAUAAUCACCAACUUGCACAAAGACAGAAAAGUGAAAUGGUGUGGAAAAGCCUUCGGGCAGAUGAAGAACUUGAGAAUUCUAAUAAUUCGAAACGCAGGAUUUUCCAUAGAUCCUCAAAUUCUUCCAAAUAGUUUGAGAGUGCUUGAUUGGAGUGGAUAUGAAUCAUUCUCCUUACCAUUUGAUUUUAAUCCCAAGAAUCUUGUAAUACAUAGCCUGCGUGACAGUUGCCUUAAACGGUUCAAAUCACUCAAUGUUUUUGAGACAUUGAGCUUUCUUGAUUUUGAAGACUGCAAGUUCCUAACUGAAAUACCUAGCUUAUCUAGAGUACCAAAUUUGAAGUCAUUAUGGCUUGACUACUGCACUAACUUAUUUAAAAUCCAUGAUUCAGUUGGGUUUCUUGACAAACUUGUGUUAUUAAGUGCUAAAGGAUGCAUCCAACUAGAAAGUUUGGUUCCCUGCAUGAACUUGCCAUCUCUAGAGAAAUUAGAUCUUAGAGGUUGCUCGCGUCUUGCGAGCUUUCCAGAAGUACUAGGAGUGAUGGAGAAUUUAAAAGAUGUUUAUUUAGAUGAGACUGACCUAUACCAAUUGCCUUUCACAUUUGGAAAUCUUGUUGGGCUCCAACGUUUGUUCUUGAGGAGCUGCCAAAGGAUGAUUCAGAUACCAAGCUACGUAUUGCCAAAAGUUGAGAUAGUAACAUCGCAUCAUCGUAGGGGAGUUCGAUCAUCAAAUGAUGCAGCAAAAGUGAGUCCAAAAGUGUCUGCAAAUGCCAUGUGUGUUUAUAAUGAAUACGGGAAGUCCUUCCUUAAUGUGUAUUCUCUUAAUGUAAGUUCCAACAAUGUCAUAGAAGUAUGUAGUCCUUCGUGGAAUCAAGACGAGCAUAAACUCAAAAAUAUGGGUUACAGUCUCUUUUGUCACCCGAUUCAUCGUAGGAGAGUAAUUAUGGAUAAGGUUAGAAGCAACGAACCGUCAGUGCAUCUUUGGUUUCGGAAAAAAUUCCCCAGGAUAGCUCUAUGCUGUUUUUUUGAAACUGGAGAGUCGUUUGACAAUAUGGUUUUGGAUUUCAAGUUGAAUGUACUCAUCAAUGGCACUAAGCAACUCUCUACUUCAUGUGUAUACAUGUUUUAUAGAAAAAGAAAGACGGACCAAAAGUUUUUUUGUGAUCUACAAUGCAAUAUGGAUGGUAGAUUCUCAGAGAAUGAGUGGAACCAUGUGGAGAUUGUUGGCAUGAGUUGUCUCUUAUGUAAUUAG